CAGUGUGAACUAUUUGGUUCGUUUUCAAUAUUAAUUCAAACUUUACUAGGUCUUCUAUCCCUAUCCACUCUAAUUUAUAAAAGAUAUAAAGAGUUCCCUAAUCGAAGACCCUGGAAAAUCUGGUUUUUUGAUGUAUCAAAACAAGUCUUUGGUUCAAUCGGUGUUCAUUUUAUGAAUCUAUUAUUCAGCUAUUUUUUAUCAAAACUCUUGAAUUUAGCUUUCAUAAUAGAAUCAAAAAAUAAUGAUAACGACGAAAAUGACGAUCAAUGUAACUGGUAUUUCAUCAACGUCUUGUUUGACACUACCAUCGGUGUCCCCAUACUAUGGUUUUUUCUCUACAUAAUAUACAAAGUAUCAAAAAAUUACUUGAAAAUCAAAGGUAUAGAUUCCGGCCAGUAUGGCUAUCCGCCAAAAUUUAUCAACUAUCUUAAACAAUUGUUUAUCUAUAUUUUGGGCUUGUUUUUAACAAAGAUCAUAGUCUAUUCAUUAUUAUACUCUUUACCGAUUUUCGCUCAAAUUAGUGAUUUCAUCUUGAAUAAAUUUGACAGAUUUCCAAAUUUCCAAAUUUUUCUCGUCAUCUUCUUGUUUCCUUUAAUAAUGAACACUUUGCAAUAUGUUUGCGUGGAUAACAUUAUUCAAAGUCCAGAAUAU